GUAUCCUUUGACAAAUUACACAUUUGGCACAAAGGAUCCAUUAUUUGAAAAGGACCCCAGUGUCCCUGCCCGGUUCCAGCGCAUGCGAGAGGAGUUUGACAAGAUUGGCAUGAGGAGGAGUGUGGAAGCGGUACUUCUUGUCCAUGAACAUGGCCUCCCUCAUGUGCUACUCCUGCAGCUAGGCACAACCUUCUUUAAAUUACCAGGUGGAGAGCUGAACACGGAGGAAGAUGAAGUGGAGGGACUCAAGCGCUUGCUGACGGAAACCCUGGGACGGCAGGACGGGCUCAAGCAGGAAUGGGUCAUAGAAGACAUCAUUGGUAACUGGUGGCGGCCAAAUUUUGAGCCUCCACAGUACCCCUACAUCCCCUCACACAUCACCAAGCCAAAGGAACAUAAAAAGCUCUUCCUUGUACAACUUGGAGAGAAGGCAUUGUUUGCAGUACCAAAGAACUACAAGUUAGUGGCAGCACCUUUGUUUGAACUCUAUGACAAUUCUCAGGGAUACGGACCGAUUAUUUCCUCUUUGCCACAGUCGUUGUGCAGGUUCAACUUCACAUAUAUGUAGAUGUCAAGUAUGAAAAGUGUGUGAAUGACAUUAUGUAUUUGUGGUUACAAGAAGAGGAUAUAGUGUGACUUUAGUUUCCUGUAAAUGAAGCAAGUGACGUGUUUUAAGGCAUGUAUAAAGAAAACAAGAAAAGAAACAAUAUCUACUCCAUGUUAUUUUUGUAUCAUAAAACAAAUUGGAUCAGCAAUAAACUUGUCAAAAAAACUGCUGUCCAGUUAGAUACAAUUCUCAAAUGCCACCAUAUUUAGUGCAGGUAAAUUGAGUAGCUUGCACCAAAGCUAUCUACACAUAUGCAGCUUGUUUUUCUGUUUCUUUAACAUCUGUACCUUUGAAAUAUUUUCAGACUGUAUCUUCAAAGGUAGAAUAUACUGCACUUUACUAUGUUCUGUUGCCCUAAAAAAAGAAAGUAAAAAAAUAGAUGCCAACUUAAUGUGGAUGCAAUUGUCUCUCUGAACUUGUACAAUUUCUUCUAUUAUUUAAUCCCUUUUUGAAGAGUGUGGCAUGGUACAAAUACAGGAUAUCAGAAGCAGCAUUUUGAUGACAAGACCUUUUGUCCAAUGAGGAAAUACAUAGUAGUCUUUUGGCAAGUCUGUAUGUGGAGAGAUUUCUUCCUUUACUCCCUGAACUCAUUUUUUCUAUUCGCUUAAGGGAGAUCCAGUCUAGUUCAAACUGUGUUGUCCAAUUCAAGUUCAAAGUAGAAGGACUUGCAUGUGAGGGAAGAAAUUGAAAGGAAUUCAAAUCGGAUUCAAACAAGAUUUGUUCACAUUGAACAGCAGGUGCAAAGUUCAAAUUUUUGGAUAAAGUCUUCUCCUUCACAAAACAAAUUUCUUUUCUCUUUCUUUUACCAUUUUUUAAAAAGUACUUUAUACAUCUUGCUGAAAGAUAUCUUGUAUAAAAGUUGUAGCAGUGUUGAAAAAUAAUGUUUAAUAUCAUACAAGUUCAUACACCCAUUCCAGUCAUACAGAUCAGCUUUCAGAAAAAUAUGUAUUUAAAUGGAAAUAAACCUUUUUCUUAUGU